AUGGCGCGCUCAAAUCGAGUAACCAACUCGCCACGCCUCGGAGGGAGCCGACAAGCAUCCGAUAUACGAUGCUUCAAAGUGCUUGGGCUGCGGACAAAUACAGUUGCUGCCAGUAUCCGUGAUGUAUUUUCACGCUGGGGACAAGUGGAAAGAGUGGAACUCAACUUGGAUGAAAACGAGAUGCCAGAUGGAACCGCUAUUGUUCUAUACAAACAUCGUCCUCUUACCCUCGAGUUUUUAUCGAAUCAAGUGGUUAUUGACAGACGAUCGGUGAAAAUUGAGACCAUCAAGGAUGUGCAAAACACUGACUCGCUCUUUCGUGAUGGACGAAGAAGUCACCGUACACGUGCAUCUGCCAAAGCUUUAUCCCUUGGUGUCAUGGGUGGACCCACAACCUUUAUUGAAGAGUGGAGCACUGACAAUGAGGUGGCAAUGGUGAUCAAUUAUGACCGACGGCAAGUCCAUAUCUAUUUCAACCAGCAUCAAGAAAAAUAUCGUCUCGAGUUUUCGUUCAAAGAUAUGGCUACCGGCGAUAUGCUCAUUGAACGUGACAACAAUACAACUUUUUUGACGAUUGAGCUCAAAUUCCCUGCGAGAUAUUGGCGACAAAAUGCGAAUGCUGUACAAGAGACAACAACAAGCGUGGUCGUUGGUGGUCAAUGGGAAAGGAUUGUUGAUAUUCCACUUCACAAGGAUGCAGGCAGCUCAAGGUCUUCUCCAGAACCCACAAAGCGUAAACCCGUCAUGCCAUUGACUGAGCCUGGAAAAGCAAGACUUGGCGUUUGGACCACAUAUCGUCUCAUGUUUAAGCCUGGUCCACGAGCUAUGCAGCAAUUUGAACAAAUGCUACGUGAGGCGGCUGAAUAUAAUCUUGUGCCACGUGAUACCCGUUUGAAGCGUCCCAUCCUUGAAGUGGUCAAUGCAUCCAAAUACGGCAAAAUCAUUACACAUGUCGAUAGGACAGCAAUCUUGAAGAACAACUUUGACGUGCUCUACAUGCUCGAAUCGCUCAUUCUCUCACAUCAACUUUGCGAGUACAACCUGGAUGAGAAUUUUUACAACACUAUACGAGAGCUUGAUCCUUCAGUAGUCAUCGGUGUCUUUGAAAUUCUUGUGUUGAGCAAGAAACGUAUAUGGUCGCCGCUACAAGCAAUCGAGGAAAUAUUCAAUCAGAGAGGUGUUAAAGUCAGCCACCAACGACAAAUCCCUCCUCAUUGUGCACGCAUACGAAAGAUCACCGUGACUCCAACAACCAUGUACCUGCAUGCGCCGCAAACAGAGACCACCAAUCGUGUCGUGCGUCACUUUUCAAAAUACGCCGAUCGUUUUGUUCGUGUGCAAUUCAUUGAUGAUUGUGAUGGCCGCAUCAGUGCUAGUCAUACAAAGCUGGGGAAUGAUGCAAUCUAUGAUCGAAUAUUCAAAGUGCUCAAGAAUGGGAUUCAGAUUGGUACUCGGCGUUACGACUUUUUAGCAUUCUCAAGUGCGCAAUUACGUGAUCAUGCUUGCUGGUUUUUCACGCCUACCUCGGAGCUCGGCACAAAUCAAAUCCGUCAAUGGAUGGGCACGUUCUCCCAAGAAAAAAUCGUUGCAAAGCAUGCCGUUCGAAUGGGUCAGUGCUUCUCCUCUACACGACCGAUUACAUGCCUUGAAAGAGACGAAGUUGAAACGGUGGAUGAUGUUAUUCAUAAUGGCUACACGUUCUCAGAUGGCGUUGGCAAGAUUUCACCUGCUUUGGCGCAUGAAGUAGCUCUCAAAAUGGAUCUCAAGACGGUGCCAAGUGCAUUUCAAUUCCGUUUUGGAGGAGCCAAGGGCGUUUUGACAGUAUCCAAUUUUCUGAAAGGCCGUAAAAUUCAGCUGCGUCCGAGUCAGAUAAAGUUUCAAUCGGAUCAUUACACACUCGAGGUGAUUCGGACAUCGACAUUGAUUGCGGGUUAUCUUAACCGCCAGGCCAUUACGAUCUUAUCCACGCUUGGAGUACCUGACCAAGUCUUUAUGGACAAGAUGCAAAAAAUCAUCAAUGGCAUGAAUCGUAUGCUGAGCAAUCCCACCGAAGCUAUUCGCACAUUAAUGCGGAAUAUCGACGAAUUUGGCACAGCUCGCACUAUGGCCCGGAUUAUCCAAGCAGGGUUCCUCGAGAAGCGUGAUCCAUAUAUUGUCAAUAUGAUCAACGUGUUUCGUAUUAGCAUGUUGAAGGAUCUCAAGAAAAAGGCCAAGAUCAUGAUUCCCAAGGGUGCCUUUUUGCUUGGCGUGAUGGAUGAAACAAAUACCUUAAAAGAAGGCGAGGUAUUUUGUCAGAUAUCAGAGGCCGACAUGACUUCAAAUGCUCCAAAACGACGUAUCAUUACAGGCGAAACGGUCGUGUUCCGCAACCCUUGUUUCCACCCAGGAGACAUUCGCGUGCUUAAGGCUGUAGAUGUUCCUCAGCUUCGGCAUCUUUGUGAUGUACUGGUUUUUCCCGCACAAGGAUAUCGAGACAUCCCCAGCAUGUGUUCAGGGGGAGACUUAGAUGGAGAUGAUUACACGAUAUUUUGGGAUCAGGAUCUUAUACCAAAGGUCAAAAAUUAUGACCCAAUGGAAUACAAAGCCGACGAACCACUCCGAGUGGAUGAAGUCAAGAUUUCUCACAUUCAAAAGUUCUUUGUGAACUAUAUCAACAAUGACAACCUUGGUCAAAUCGCAAACGCUCACUUGGCAACGGCGGAUAGGUCAGCUAAAGGGGCGUUAGAUGGUGCAUGCUUACGCCUUGCACAACUACAUUCAUUGGCUGUUGAUUUCCCCAAGAGCGGUAAACCCGCCAAAUUUGAGAAUGAUCUACGAGUGCGCGUUUUCCCUGAUUUUAUGCAAAAAAAAGACAAGGAUAUGUAUGAGUCCCAAAAGGUGCUUGGCAGGAUAUUCCGUGCAAUCGACAAAGCUGAUUACAAGGAAUACAAAACUCAACUCACGGAGGUCACCGCAUAUGAUCCUCGCUUACGAGUACCAGGAAUGGAGCGAUACAUUGCCGAGGCACGUGAGCUGAAGAGGGAUUAUAAUCAAGAUGUCUUUGCGUUGAUGAAUCAAUAUGGUGUGCAAACCGAGGCAGAGCUCAUGUCAGGCUAUGUUGUCAAGUGGUUGAAAAAGGGCAACCGUAAAAGUAAUCACGAGAUCCAAAAGCAGACAAUGACGGCUGUUGCAACCAUGAAAGCCACAUGGAGGAGAAGAUUCGAAUACGACUUUUUGGUUGGGAACGAUAAGACCAUUGGCAAAGAUCAAAUUUCGGAUUUGGAAGCAAAAGCGGCUGCUUGGUAUUACGUUACCUAUCAUCCUGAAGAGCAAGUAAGAGACACGUCUGUAGAAGGCAAAUUCCUUAGCUUUCCAUGGGUGGUCGAUGAUUAUCUAUGUGAGAUUGCCCGCAAGAAUAAUAAUCGUGUACCUGCUGAAGAUCAAACUCGAGCUGUUGAUGAUGAGCUGGUGCAAAGGCUUAGUCUCGAACAAGCAAGCCGGAAGCCAGAUGGCUUUUUCAUGACGUUUGAGGAGGAUACCGAUCUUAGUGACUUUGAGGCUGAGGAUGAGCAGCUUAGUGAUGAUGAUGAAGCUAUCCCAACAGACGUACUAUCGCUUAAGCAUAUCUCACCCCAAUCCCAACAACAACAGCAACAACAACAACAGCAGCAGCUACAACAAGAAGAGCACAAACAGCCUAAAAAGUCCGAUGGCCACCGUACACUUAAUGUCAAUGCCACAGAAGAGGAGCUUGCUGAAGCAUUACUAUCAUAA